GCGCUGCAGCCAAGCUUGGAGCGGGCUGCGCUUGGCUGACGGGCAGCCUCUCCAAUGGCAGGCGCCGGGGGGCUGCGGGUGGCCAGUGGCUGCAGCGCGGGGGCGUGCCGGGGCCAGGCUAGGCUGUCCUUGCAGGGUGUCUGGGCUAAACUUCACCAAAUAAUAGCUGUUUGUAUUUUGGCUGCUGCAGGAGCCAUUUUAGGAUACUGAAACGAGAAUGGCCUGGCUCUGACCCCAGAGUGUGCACAUUCUUCUUUUCCCCGCUUUCCAACUAAACAAGAUCCUUCAUCCCUCUCAUCCUCAAAGAAGGCAAUGUAUUGCUCCUGGAGAAGAAGUAAUAUACACCCCAAAUUUGAUGAUAAUGAAAAUACAGAAGAAAGAAAAACAGCUGCCAAAUUUUAAUGUGCUGAGUCAUUCCCCAAUGUCUGAUGCCUCCAUCACCUUUGAAUGCAAGCCACGGUCCCCUUUUGCUGACAGUACCGAUCAGGAAGAUUUGCAUGAGCUGGUGACAAUCUCUGACUUGGCCAGCGUGAGCCUGGCCCAGAAGGACCAGCAGGAUGUGGUGCCUGUUGAGGUGCCCGAUGAGAUUGUGCAGAACAUGGUGACAUCCGUUAAUGGGAUGCAGGACGACAGGGGUGGGGGCACUGGGGUGAAGAAGAAACGGAAGAAAAAAGAGCUGGGGCAGCAGGAACCAGGGGGUGAAAGAGAAGCCAAACCAAAGAGAAAGAGAGAGCCUAAGGAACCAAAAGAACCCAAAAAGCCCAAGGAGCCUAAGAAGGCCAAGGAGCCCAAGCAGGAGGGGGCGAAGAAACCCAGGAAGCCUCGGGAGCCCAAAGUCCCAAAGGAGCCUAAAGAGAAGAAGAGCAACUCAGAGUCUCCCCCCAAAGCCAGACCCAAGAAGACCAGCACGGAGCAAGGACCAACUCCUGUUGAGAAGAAAAAAAAAGGGAAAAGGAAAAAUGACACUUCAGUGGAUAGCCUUGAGCUGGAUCAAAGCUUCCUUUCAGUGUCUGGGCAGAGCCCUGAGGAGUCUGCUGAAUCAGCUGACAGCCAGAAGCGCCGCUCUGGCCGCCAGGUGAAGCGCAGGAAGUACAAUGAAGACCUGGAUUUCAAGGUGGUGGAUGAUGAUGGUGAAACAAUUGCUGUUCUGGGAGCUGGUCGGGCUUCUGCUCUCUCUGCAUCUACCUUGGCCUGGCAGGCAGAGGAGCCUCCCGAGGAUGAUGCCAACAUCAUUGAGAGGAUCCUUGCCUCCAGGAUGGUGCAGAAGGAGACCUACCCAGGAGGAGCAACUUACGAGCAGGAAGAGUUCUACGUAAAGUACCGCAAUUUUUCUUACUUACACUGCAAAUGGGCCACAAUGGAGGAGCUGGAGAAAGACCCACGCAUCUCCCAGAAGAUCAAGCGUUUUCGCAAUAAGCAGGCCCAGAUGAAGCACAUUUUCACUGAGCCUGAUGAAGAUAUGUUCAACCCAGACUACGUGGAAGUUGAUAGAAUUUUGGAGGUGGCUCACACGAAGGACUCCGACACUGGGGAGGAGGUGACUCACUACCUGGUGAAAUGGUGCUCAUUGCCUUAUGAGGAAAGCACUUGGGAGCUGGAGGAAGAUGUCGACCCUGGAAAGAUCAAAGAGUUUCUCUCUCUGCAAAUCCAACCAGAAAUCAAAUCCUUGGAGCGUCCUGCCUCUGAGUCCUGGCAAAAGUUAGUGAAAACUCGGGACUAUAAGAACAACAACCAACUGCGGGAGUACCAGCUGGAGGGAAUGAAUUGGCUGCUCUUCAACUGGUACAACAGGAAGAACUGUAUUCUGGCUGAUGAAAUGGGUUUGGGGAAGACAAUCCAGUCCAUUACAUUCCUCUCUGAGAUAUACCUGAUGGGCCUUCGGGGGCCGUUCCUCAUCAUUGCCCCACUCUCCACAAUCACAAACUGGGAGAGAGAGUUCCGCACGUGGACAGAGAUGAAUGCCAUCGUGUACCACGGCAGCCAGAUAAGCCGCCAGAUGAUCCAGCAGUAUGAGAUGGUGUACCGGGAUCCACAGGGCAAUCCUCUUUCAGGGCUCUUCAAAUUUCAUGUAGUCAUCACCACCUUUGAGAUGAUCCUGGCUGACUGCCCAGAGCUGAAGAAGAUCCAGUGGCGCUGUGUGGUGAUCGAUGAGGCCCAUCGGCUCAAGAACAGGAACUGCAAAUUACUGGAAGGACUGAAACUCAUGUCUCUGGAACACAAAGUGCUCCUGACUGGGACACCCUUGCAGAACUCGGUGGAGGAGCUCUUCAGCCUGCUGAACUUCUUGGAGCCACAGCAGUUCCCAUCUGAGACUGCUUUCCUGGAAGAGUUUGGGGACCUCAAGACAGAGGAACAGGUAAAAAAGCUCCAGUCCCUCCUGAAACCCAUGAUGCUGAGACGGCUAAAAGACGAUGUGGAAAAGAACCUAGCACCCAAACAGGAAACCAUCAUUGAAGUAGAACUGACCAACAUCCAGAAGAAAUACUACCGGGCUAUCCUGGAGAAGAAUUUCAGCUUCCUGUCCAAGGGUCCUAACCAGCACAACAUGCCUAACCUCAUCAACACCAUGAUGGAGCUGCGCAAAUGCUGCAACCACCCCUACCUCAUCAAUGGGGCAGAGGAGAAGAUCCUGGAGGAUUUCCGUAAAACCCACAGUCCAGAUGCUCUUGACUUCCAGCUACAGGCGAUGAUCCAGGCAGCAGGCAAGCUGGUGUUGAUUGAUAAGCUGCUGCCGAAGCUGAUUGCAGGCGGGCACAAGGUGCUGAUCUUCUCCCAGAUGGUGCGCUGCCUUGAUAUCCUGGAGGAUUAUCUCAUCCAGAGACGAUACACCUAUGAGCGCAUUGAUGGGCGGGUGCGUGGGAAUUUACGCCAGGCUGCCAUUGACCGCUUCUGCAAGCCGGAUUCAGACCGCUUUGUGUUCUUGCUCUGUACACGGGCAGGAGGGCUAGGCAUCAACCUUACUGCUGCUGACACCUGCAUCAUCUUUGACUCAGACUGGAAUCCACAAAACGAUCUGCAGGCUCAGGCUCGCUGCCAUCGGAUAGGCCAAAGCAAGGCAGUGAAGGUCUAUCGCCUCAUCACUAGGAACUCUUAUGAGCGGGAGAUGUUUGACAAGGCCAGCUUGAAGCUAGGCUUAGACAAAGCGGUGCUGCAGGACAUAAAUCGCAAGGGGAGCAACAAUGGGAAGGUGCAGCAGCUCUCAAAGAUUGAGGUCGAAGAUUUAUUGCGAAAAGGCGCUUAUGGGGCUUUGAUGGAUGAAGAAGACGAAGGCUCCAAGUUCUGUGAGGAAGAUAUUGACCAAAUCCUGCAACGCAGAACCCAGACCAUCACUAUCCAGACUGAAGGGAAAGGCUCCACAUUUUCCAAGGCCAGUUUUGUUGCUUCCGGAAACAGAACUGACAUUUCAUUAGAUGAUCCCAACUUCUGGCAGAAAUGGGCAAAAAUAGCAGAGCUGGAUACAGAUGCAAAAAAUGAGAAGGAGAGCCUAGUGAUUGAUAGGCCCCGUGUCCGUAAACAGACCAAACACUACAAUUCCUUUGAGGAGGAUGAACUUAUGGAGUUCUCUGAACUAGACAGUGACUCCGAUGAGCGACCCACACGCUCGCGACGCCUCAAUGAAAGAACACGUCGCUACCUACGGGCAGAAUGUUUCCGUGUGGAGAAGAACCUGCUUAUAUUUGGCUGGGGGCGCUGGAAAGACAUAUUGACCCAUGGCCGGUUUAAAUGGCAUCUCAACGAGAAAGACAUGGAAAUGAUCUGCCGAGCACUCCUAGUCUACUGUGUCAGACAUUAUAAGGGAGAUGAGAAGAUAAAGAGUUUUAUCUGGGAUUUGAUCACUCCCACAAAGGAUGGACAGAACCAGGCCCUACAGAACCAUUCAGGCUUAUCAGCCCCAGUGCCAAGAGGAAGGAAAGGCAAGAAAACCAAGAACCAGAUGUUGCUCCCUGAGAUCAAGAAUGCUGACUGGCUCACCACCUGCAAUCCAGAGAUUGUCUUACACGAUGACAGCUACAAAAAGCAUCUAAAACAACAUUGCAACAAGGUGCUGCUGCGUGUGCGGAUGCUCUACUACUUGAAAGCUGAAGUGUUGGGGGAGGCAGCCGACAAAGCCUUUGAAGGAACUCCUGCCAAAGAUCUGGAUUUCCUCCUGCCAGACAUUGACUACAUAGAAAUCCCUGUGGAUUGGUGGAAUGCUGAGGCAGAUAAAUCCCUCCUUAUUGGAGUUUUCAAACAUGGUUACGAAAGGUACAAUGCUAUGCGAGCUGACCCGGCCCUAUGCUUCCUUGAGAAGGUAGGCAUGCCAGAUGAGAUGCUGCUGUCUGCAGAGCAGAGUGUCAUCGAUGGAGUGCAGGAUGCUCCAGAAAGAGGGAACGUGGAUAAAGAAGAGACAAGUGCAGAGAAGCUGGACGGGCUGCAGAAACAGGAGGAGACUUCAGAUGGUUGUGGUGAAGUCACUGAGAAGAAGGAGGACACCAUGGCAGCCCAGGAUGGCUCCGACCCAGACAAAUCCAGCUGGCCUGUGUCAUCCGCCCUCACAGCCAGACUGCGACGUCUCGUCACUGUCUAUCAGCGUUGCAACCGUAAAGAGCUCCCUACUAGGCCUGAGAUCAUUGGGCCUUGUAACCAUGGUUAUUGGCUGCAAGAGGAGAUGUUUAGGAGAGCCAACGAGAUGGACCCUAUCAACAAGGAAAUGCAGAAAAGAUGGACCAGAAGAGAGCAAGCAGAUUUCUAUCGCACUGUCUCUUCAUUUGGGGUAAUGUACGAUCCAGAGAAGAAGGUUUUCGACUGGACCCAGUUCCGAUCCAUUUCACGUUUGGAAAAGAAAACUGAUGAGAGCCUAGAAAAAUAUUUCUAUAGCUUUGUUGCAAUGUGCAGGAACGUCUGCCGCUUGCCCCACUGGAAAGAAGAUGGCCCAGCUGAUCCUAGUAUCUACGUGGAACCAAUCACUGAGGAGCGUGCCGCGAGGACCCUAUACCGAAUUGAACUGCUACGGAAGGUCCGUGAGCAAGUGCUGAGGUGUCCGCAGCUGCACGAGCGGCUCAAGCUUUGCCGCCCAAGCCUGUACCUUCCCGUGUGGUGGGAGUGUGGUAAGCAUGACCGGGAUCUGCUCAUCGGUACAGCUAAACAUGGGCUGAACCGCACAGACUAUUAUAUCAUGAAUGACCCCCAGUUGUCAUUCCUGGAUGCCUACAGAAACUAUGCUCAGCACAAAAGGAGAGGGGUCCUUGGAACAGAAAACUUGUGUUGCCACCACCAAGCAAAUUCUAAGCUGUAUUGCUCCCCUUCAUACAAUCAGGUGGAAAGAAAACAUGAAUCUCCGGAGACCGAAAUGGAGAGCUGUAUCAAGCUAGUGGGCUCAGGCAAUAGUCUCUCGCGGACAGACAACAUCUCUCAGGAUAGCAGCUGUGAAAAUUUCAUGUCGAAAGUCCAGGGUAUGAUUUCCAUUAACUAUGAUGAGAGCUCUUUGCCUGACUCUCUGAUGUGCAUGAUGUAUGAUGAGAAGGCGUGCAACAGCGAACAUAGCUCCCUUGCCCGAGACAGUCCCAGCUGCACAGAUGUCAGUAGCAAUACUACCAAAAUAGCAGAGGGCAAAAUAGAUGGGGAUGAAGAUCUAUCUAGCUGUGAUGCUGAGACCACAAGAGAGCCCUCCUACCUGGAUCACUUGCAAUUUGGCAGUGACCAAACGGAGGCUCAGAAUGCAGCCCAGGAGCCCUCAUCUAAGGAAGCUAAGCCCUCCAAGAGCUUUAUUGUGGAACCCUGUAAUGCCCUUGAGCACAUGGAGAGUCCGUACGCUAACCCAGGAUCAGUACCGUUUGAAAGAGAUGGCAUGGAAGGGGUCCUGAGCAUAGGAGUGUAUGGCCCCAGUCUCCGUAACUUUGAUAUCAAAGUCCAUCCUGAGAAGAGAUUCAUGGGCUUGUUGCAUGAAAAGGGCUUGGAAGAGAAAUCGGUGCAAAGUCAGAGCCACAGCGAAGAAGAGGAGGAGGAAGAGGAGGAGGAAGAGGAAGAUCAUUUGGAGGUAGCUGCUGACACUGUGGAAGAUUUGAGAGGUUGCUUAAAGACCCCAGAUGGUGGUGAAGACAAACCCAUUGUGCAAGAGGAGCAAAAGCAUAGUUCAUGUCUUCUCACUACUCUGGAUGCAUUCAUGAAGGAAAGGAAUAAGGAGCUGGUUGAGUCAAUCUCGAGUGAGCAGGCAGCAUCCAAAUGUGAUAGUGAGCAUGGGGCUGGGGAGGACGAUCAAGCUGAAUUUGAGAGCCUUGAGGAGCACACCCCAGUCUUGCAAGAGAUCCAGACCUGCCACCAUCACCACUACCACCGUUCUGCACGAAGCCAGGCGUCAGCAAUUCAGAUGGAGCUCCUUAAGUCACAUCCUGUUUGUAUGGAGGCAGACCCCUGGGGAGAUGACACAGAGGAAAAAAGGGGCAGUCCUGUUCCACAGCCUCUCUGUGGGAAUGAAAUGAAGAGGGAAGAGGAAGAGUGUGAGAAUCAAGACCUAGAGAAGAGGGAUGAAAGCAGCCAAAAUCAAGAUUGUUUUGAGAAGUUUUCUGAAGAUGAAAGUAAGAGUUCCACAUUUGCUGUUCCUGGAGAGAUUGAUGAACUGCAAGAUGUCCGGGCACCUACCAUUGCUCAGCUUCUGCAGGAGAAGACCCUCUACUCUUUCUCAGAGUGGCCUAAGGAUCGAGUGAUCAUUAACCGCAUAGACAACAUCUGCCAUGCCAUCUUAAAGGGCAAGUGGCCUUCUUCCAGCCAGCCAUUUGAAAUACAAACUGUGAUGCCGACUCCUGCAUUAUCCAGCAGUACUGGCAAUAGAAACAGCUACACUGAACCAGAGGCCUCCGAACCCAGCUUCAGCAAUGAAGUGAUAGCUGCUCAGGUCCAGAAGGAAGGUUUCCUGGCGCCCACUUUCGUCAAAGAGGAACACAAGCACAGGCAACCAUAUGAAUUUGAGAUGGAGAGAGAUGCCAAACAGAGGAGCCUUGAACAGCUAGUAGCUUCCCACCCCCACCCUUCCAUUGUGUUGAACGGCUGGCGGGAUGCAGCAGUGGACCUCUCAAGAGUGCCUGAUGGGUCACCAGCAAGCAGCUCUCCUUUCUCCCUGAACACAAAUAUACCUAAGCUAGGGACAGUGAAUGCUCUGCAGGGGUCCCUUGGCAUGGACUUGUCUGGUAUCCUUCAGGCAGGGUUAAUUCAUCCUGUCACAGGACAGAUCGUCAAUGGGAGUCUACGAAGAGAUGAUGCUGCCAUGAGGAGGAGGCGGGGCAGGAGAAAAAAUGUGGAAGGGAUAGAUCUCAUAUUUUUGAAGGAGCGAACCCUCCAGACAGGGCUGUCAGAGGAUCAAACCCAAACUGUACCAAGUAAUCCUAACCCUGAUGGGCCAGCCAUUACUACCUCAAGUCCGCAGACAGUUCCAGGCACUAAUGUCCAGGCAGAGAAGAUUGUUCCAAAUAAGAGUCUUCUGGACUGGCUGAGACAGCAGUCUGACUACACGCUUGAAAUCCCUGGCUUUGGCACAAACUUUUCAGAAAAGCCUAAACAAAGGAGGCAGCGCUGUAAGGACCCUAGCAAAUUGGACAUAAAUUCUCUCACAGGGGAGGAACGCGUGCCUGUGGUCCAUAAGGGUACCGGGAGGAGGUUAGGGGGAGCCAUGGCACCAGCACUGAAGGAACUGCCAAGAUGGCUUGAUGCAAACAUGGAGUAUGCUGUUGCAGCAGACUGGUCUGACAUUGUUAAGCUUUCAGGUUUUUUACCUGAAAGCAAGUUUAAUCGCAUUCUGACUGAGCCUGUACUCCGAGAUGCUGGGCCUCGACGGAGAGGAAGGAGGCCAAGGAGUGAACUUUUUAAAGCUCCUGGCAUAGUAGCAGAUGCUUCUUCUGGAAUGGGACCAUUAUUCAUGAACGGACUUAUUGCUGGAAUGGAUUUAGUGGGACUUCAGAAUAUGAGAAACAUGCAAGGCAUUCCUUUAACUGGGCUGGUUGGGUUUCCUGCUGGCUUUGCAGCAAUACCUGCUGGCGAGGAUGUCAAAAGUGCUCUGAGUAUGUUGCCGAUGAUGCUUCCAGGCAUGGCUGCUGUACCACAAAUGUUUGGUGUUGGAGGACUUCUUAAUCCAUCAAUGACAACUACUUGUACUUCAGCUGCUCCAACUUCAUUAGCAAGCACAACUAAAAGUGGUACGUCACAUGCAGAAAACGAUGCUGAAGACAAACAAAGUGGCCAAGGUGCAAAAACAGAAACUCUGUCUGAAGACAAGUCUGGUCCUAGUUCAUUUUCUGAUCAGUCAGAACCUGCAAUAACUACCAGUAGUCCUGUAGCUUUUAACCCGUUUCUUAUUCCAGGAAUGUCAUCUGGACUGAUCUAUCCCUCAAUGUUUCUUUCUCCUGGUAUUGGUAUGGCAUUGCCAGGCCUUCAACAAACCAGACACUCAGAGGCAACAAACCUAGAAAGUCAGAAACGGAAGAGGAAGAAAACUAAAGGGGAACUUGCAACGGCAGAACCAGAAACUCUCUCACUGUCCGACAAGGAACAUGCAAACAGUCAAAACUGUACAGAACAAACACCAUCUGUGUCAGAAGAGAAUGAACAGGAUGUACCAGCGGAGGAGGAGGAAGAGGAGGAAUUCAAAGAUAUUAAAGAUAUCAAUUAGAACUUUUGUUUCAUUCUGAAAAAAAUAAUAUUGUGGCUUGUAAGUUUCUCAUCCCAUAAAUAUUUGUUACAGCCCUCUGUUCCCACUUCACCUUCAUAAAAAAAACCUGUGUUUCUAUAAGUAAUAUUAUCUACCUAAUUCCUGGUAAGAUAACUAUGGUGACAUGUUAAUAGUUGCAGGGUCUUGCCAUAGAGAUAAGCAGUGUUCUAUAAUUGGUACGAGAGGCAGAAAUUUCUUGUUCAGUUGUCCAGCUGUUCAUACCUCCCUUCUCCAAAACAGUAGUAAAUACGUACUUGGUGAUUGCCAAAACUGCUUGCUUGUUUGAGAGGAGAAAUAAUCUCAGUAAGACAAUGCUUCUCUAAUGAUGGAAACACAAACACAGGAAAAGGUAGAUGUUUUUACAAAGACACUGAAUUUUAAAAAUCUUGUAUUUUGGGGUAAAAAGCACAGUUAUAGUAAGUGCUAAUGUGUAUUUUUUGAUUUAAAGUAUUUCCCUAUUUUAUCAUGGUUACUAGAUUAGUAGUAUAGACAGAAGUAUAUAACUAAUGAUUGAAAAUGCAUAUAUUCAUUUCUUUCUUUUUUUUAAAAAAAAAGGCAUUAAUGGUAGAUAAUUUCCUCCAGUUCACACUACAAAGUUUUGGAAACAAACUGCUGUAAGUGAAAAGAUUACCUGAACUUUUAUAUUUCUAAAACCAAAUCUUGCUUUACGUUUAAGGUGCAUUUCAGUUGUCCUUUCUUUAAUUUUAGGCCAUUUCCAGCUCCUGCUGAGAAACUGACGCACAUCUUGCAUGAUUAUUUUUUUUAAAAUGCAGAGGCAGGAGCUUAAUAACUUCCAGUUAUUUUUUUAAUUUUUCUAUUAGCCGUUUCUCACAAAGGCCCUUAACAAUAAUUCCCCCUCCCCCAAUGAAGAAUAAACUACUGGUUUUAAUCUUCUUAUGAGGGAACAGGAUUGGCUUUUAUCAAUUCUUCUACCCUAAGAAAUGUUAUUUUUUGAAAUCAGAAUUUUUAAAGCUGUGAGGUGGGCUUUUGUUAAAGACUCUUGACAGUUUCAAAGCUUGAGUUUAUCCUCUGUUUCUAGUAUUAGACUGUGAAGAAAACGUUUUUGCUCCCCCUUUCCAUUCCUCUUGAUCCCAUUCACUGUUCAGUGGUAUUUCCCAAUGUCCCUGCACAUACAUACAUUUUGUGUAAGUGUUUCAAAUGAAACCCUUUAAAAACAUAAGUAGGCUUCCAAAGCUUGGUGUGUUGAAACGCCCUCCACAGGUAAUCUUUACAUAACCCUCUUUAUUCCCACUCCUAUGUCACUUUUCUUUCACUUGGACUUGUUCUAAUUUAUAGCUCAUGGUUCGAGACUUGAAAAAAUACACACUUUGUGGUGCGAUGUUUAAAUGGCAGACCAUUAGAGGGGCUUCGGCGUGUAUGCUCGUAUUCAGAUUCACAUUUGGUUUGUCACAAUUUACUGUAUUUUUUACUUACUUUUUCUGUUACAGUUUUGCUAAUUUAUCAAAUGGUCCAAAUGUUUUGACAUAACUAUUUCAGUUUGCAUUAUUUAUUUAUGAUGCUUUUUUCAUUGUCUUUUAUACAUUUGGGAUUAUAAAGUAUGUACAUGUUACAAUUAGCAUCUCAAAGAAGUCUGUUACCCAUGAACUAAAAUUAAGUCUGUAUGUUGCAGUGAAUUUAUUCUGAGUUUUCUGGGUUGGAAUCAGUUUCAACAAUUUAUGAUUAUGCUAUUGCAAGAGAUUGAAUAAUGACGUAGGCCCUAUUUAAAUAGCACCCUGUAGCACAGAUACUGUAUCACUCUUGACAGAUUUCUUAGAAAUGCUGCUAUCUGUUUAACUAACAUUUUGUUCAGUUUUGCCUCCAGUGGAAGCAGAGAGGUUUUUUUCAGCUGUUAAAUCCAAAAUCAAUAUAAUUUAUUUAUGUAAAAAAAAAUCACUUGAUAUAUUUUUGAACCUUUUAAGUACUAACUUUUUAUUUAGUAGAAAACAUGUACUUGCCCUAAAUCCUUAAAAUACAAAUGCUAUAAAACUUCAUAUAUCUUGAAAGCCUUACUGUGAAUGGAUGCAGGUCUCUCUCUCUCUGGAGUCUAUUUGUAAUAUAUAAAAUGAUUAUUUGCCAGAGCUACACUCGUAAGGAACAGGGUUGAGACUAAAACUUUUAUUUAGUUUGUCAGCAUGUGCUAUAUAUCUUUCUUAUUUAAUGUGUGUGUGUCUGAGUGUGUAGGUUUCUCUUUGACUUUUAAUGUGUGACUCUUUUGCAGUGAUGGAGCUACUCUGGCUUAUUUACAAUGAAAGGCAUCAAUGGCUACAUAUUUUUCCCCAUAACCAUCUUAGAGAACAAAUGCAGAUUUCCAACUUAUUUCGUGAACACUCACAUAAACAUAGAUGCUUCAUCAAAUGUGCUAUUAAAAUAAACUGUCUGUGCUUGUAAAAAAUGAUAAAUAGAUUUAAAAGUCAGAUUUUUAAUUUUUUAAUUUAGUGCCUAUAUCAUGCGUUUUUAAAAAUAUUGGCAGAGCCUUGCGAAAGUUGUAUAUAGUUUUUUCUAGGAAAUCUAUUUCUGAUUGUUUUGCUUGACUUGGAACUAAACAUGACUUGCCUUUUUCUCAG